CAACGAGGUCGUGGUUAUGAUCGAGGACGUGGUGCACGUGGAAGAGGUGGUCGAGGUCGUGGUUAUACAAACUUCAACAAUGAAGAAAGAAUUCAAUAUACACAAGCAUCUAGAGGCCGUGGGAGAGGAAGCAAACCACAAAGGUACGAGAAGUCUCAACUAAAGUGUUAUAAUUGCAAUAAAUAUGGCCACUAUGCAUAUGAAUGCAAGCGCUCUAAUCAUGUGAAAGAAGAGGCCCAUCUCAUGGAGAUGAAUAAUGAGGUAGAACUUACCUUGUUGAUGGCAAAUCAUGAAGAACAAACAAAGAAGAGCACGUGGUAUUUAGAUACCGGAGCUAGCAACCACAUGACGGGAGAUAAAAGCAUGUUCGUGAAGGUAGAACAAACUCAAGGUCAUGUUACUUUUGGAGAUGAGUCUAAAGUCGUGGU